AUGGCAUCCUCUCAGCGUUUAUACCUCCCAGCUGUGGAGGACACUGGGGAGGUAGAAGAUAGAGAGAAGUACCGUCCGGGCGGAUAUCACCCAAUCCAUUUUAACGAUUACCUUGAUUCAGAUCAACGAUUCAACGUUAUCCAUAAGCUUGGGUGGGGUACGAGCUCUACUGUGUGGCUGUGUCUUGACAAGAAGUCCAGGUACUACAAGUCAGUCAAGGUUAUGACUGCAGAAGAAUCGAUAGAGAGCUGUCCAGAACUUCGGAUAAUGGAGAUUCUAAGUGACGUUAGCCGCCAGGAGCUCGAAGAUAAUUAUAUCACUAUACCCCAUGAAUACUUCUGGCUCCAAGGGCCUAAUGGUCGACAUCUUUGUCUUGUUUCCGACAUUCUUGGCCCAAGUUUAUUCAGGAAUUCACCCCUCGGCGUCGGAAUCUAUACUCCAAAGGUUUUAACAGACUUAGCGUUUCAGGUCAGUAAGGGACUACAAUACCUUCAUAAGAAAGGAAUUUGUCACGGAGACCUGAGGCCAGGCAACGUACUUAUGCAGUUGCAUCAAUAUAGCUUGCUGGAAAUAUCUGAUAGUCAACUUGAUAGAUAUCUUGGGCCAAGGGAAUAUGAACCUCUUCAAACACGGUCCGGGGCAAAUCCUAUGCCCCAUGGGCCCAAGUAUUUAGCGCUACCCGCUUCGUUAGACAAAUUAGAAGCAAAAUGUCGAACCAACCAGGUAGCGCUUAUUGACUUCAGCCAUAGCUUCUGCAAUUCAACCCCUCCAGUAUCUUCCCGGUGGCAUAGACAGUAUGCUGGCCCGGAACUCCUAUUUACGAAAACCUUGAGUGGAUUCCCCCAGGAUAUAUGGGGGUUAGCUUGUACUAUAUAUGAGAUUAAGCUUCAAACACCACUUUUCAGUGAAUACGAGGAUUACAGUUCCCUGAUACGCCAGAUGGAAACAUGGUUUGGUCCUUUACCAGUAGCAUAUCGGCAGAUUGCAAGCGGUCACUUAGAGAGAGAUAGGAAGCGGCAUUUGAUAUUAUCUGAUGAGAAGUCAUCUUCAAGCAGCAAAUCACUGAUAUCCGAAGACAAAUUAUCCGACUCAAGUCAACCGCUUUCGCUAGCACCGGAUGAAGAACAGCGGGCGAGGGACUUGAUUAUAGGGGGAACUAGUUGGUCAAAUCCUUUACAAGCAGCCUUGGGUGAGGAGCAGAGGUGUUAUAUCCACGAAAAAAGCUAUACAGGAUAUACUUCAUCAGAUGAAACGGAUUCCAUUCUUAGCGAUUCAGAUACUGCAAGUCAAGAUUCGUCUUCGGAUGCAGGUUCUGGCGUGGACGUAUAUGUUCAAUCAGAAUUAUAUCUCUGGGAGAUCGAGAGCCCAGAAGAGCGUAUGUCACAGUAUUCGGAUGAAAAAGAGCAGGAAGAGCCAAGUUCUUCGCCAUCACGAAUACCUAUUAAUCCCGUGGAUCCAAUAGAGCAAUCACGAGACGAGAAAGGUUCCCCAGAAGCGGAAUCGCUGAUUGAAGUAAGAGAGGUGUCUCCAAAUAACGACACCGAUGAAAAUGGGGCUCAUCAAAUUGAAUCUCCAUUAAGUCCUUUAGAGUCCUUAGAGAAAAGGGGCGGCGAAUCUAGUGAGGAAAGGGUAGCGAAGCGUCAACGUACAGGCGAAGGCUCAUCACAAGAGAGAGGUAAGCUAGUCGAGAGAGCAGUUCGCAUGCCUAAAGAGGAAGUGCUGCUGCUAUCGGACCUUCUAUUAAGCAUGUUUAAACACGACCCGAAGGAACGUAUUGAUAUCGACGCUGUCGUCAAUCAUGAGUAUUGGGGCGAUAGAAGAAACCACCGGCCUACCAAUAAUGAAGAUCUUGGUGAAGAUAUCCCCGACCCUAUAUCCUCAAGGACUCGCAGCCGGGUCUCAAAGUCUCAACAACAAGCGGAGCCUGGUUCUCCUUAGACUAUCGGAUCGUUUAGGUGCUAUUAUGCUAACUUGCCGAAUCAUUUUCAUCUGAUUUAUUCGCAAAUUGUUUGGGAGAGUCCUGUUAUUGAACAGAAUGGGCAUCGCUACUCUUAGGUAUGGAAUUCUUGUUGGCUUAGACGGGACGGAUGUGCAAUAGGAAUAAUUAGAAUAUGGAAUAAAUUUCUCAGUGAAUGAAGACAAGAGCGAAUUUUUCGAAUAUUGUGUCCCAACAGGGGACCCCA